AUGAAAGCAAACAAUGAGGUUUAUUUUAGUUAUGAGCAAAAAACCUCAGUUCUUGCAAGGCAUACACUAACUCCCGUGGGCAUUCCACAACGCUUCGAUUGGAGUGAUCAAAAGCAGGAUUGGGAAAGUUCUGGUGUUGGCCAGUUCGACCUGUGUGAAAAUUAUGCCGCGUGUGGUCCAAAUGCUCGCUGUGACGCUUCUAGUUCUCCACCAUGUGGAUGCUUGUACGGCUACAAGCCCAAGUCUCCUGGAGAUUGGAAUUUGUCAGUUUGGUCAGAAGGGUGUAACCGAAGGACUUCGCUAGAUUGCAGUGAUAAAGAUGGUUUUCUGACGUAUUCAAGGUUCAAACUGCCAGACACAUCUUCUUCCUGGUUUGACAAGAGCAUUGGUCUAAAGGAAUGUAAGACACUCUGUUUGAAGAACUGCUCUUGCACUGCUUAUGCAAAUUUAGAUAUCAGGGGAGGUGGAAGCGGUUGCCUGAUUUGGUUUGGUCACCUGAUUGACGCAAGAACUACACCAAUUGGGGAUGGACAAGACCUCUAUGUUAAGAUAGCUGCUUCAGAAUUAGAUAUGCCCUCCAGUAGUGCAACUGAAUACUGA